CUACAAACUAACUGCAUACUUUAGAGUCUUCAGGCUUCAGUUUUUAUUGCCUGCCAUGCUAAAAAACAAUCGCAUUUUUCCUUUAAAUAAGAGCACUAUUCCAUAAAACUCCUGUGAUAUUAAUUAGCAAAAAAUAGUUUAAAGCAGACAGAAUAAUAUCAUUAUUGCUGAAAAUGAACAAUAAAAUAAUAUAUAAAGUUAUUUAGAGUAAACUAUAAAUAACUCUAAAAUGAGUAACUAUAGGCAUUCCUCAAAAAUAACGCCAUUUAUUGAAGUUAAAAUGAGCUAGCUAUUUGUAAAUAGGUUUAAUAUUUUUUGUAAAUCAAAUCUAAUUUGCUUUUCAAAAAAAAUAUAUCAACCUACAUUAUGCUUUUUUUUGAUACUAAUCCCAGUGAUCAUCACCUUUUCUUAUCCAAUAAGGGUUGAUAUUUAAAAAGGAUAAUAUACCACACUAUAUAUUUAUAUAGCUGUUAUAAUUAUGUGCUUUUUCAAUUAUUUGACGUUGCUAUUUAAAAAUCCUGGAAUUAUACCCUCAAAAAUAAAAGAUAAAAUAGAUGAGAUAUUAAUACCACAAAAGAUUUUUCCUGAUAAAGAAAUACUAGUCAUAACUGGAAAAUUUUUUGAAAACAUAAAAUAUUGUGAAACAUGUUAAAUUUAUAGACCUCCAAGAUCAAGUCACUGUCCAAUUUGUGAUUGUUGUUUUGAACUUUUAGAUCAUCAUUGUCCAUGGCUUAAUAUAUGCAUAGCCAAAAGAAAUUAUAGUACAUUCUUUUUUUUCAUACUCUGGCUAAACGCUGCUUUGGUUAUUUCAAUAGUUAUGAAUUCUAUUUUAAUAUUUGGCUCAGAAGACAUAAGUCAUAGUAUAGCAUAAAAUAUUCCUAGUUUCAUAGCUAUUAUAUAUCUGUUUAUUGCUUCUUUAUUUACAGUUAAUUUAUUUUUAUUUCACCUCUAUUUAGUUUAUACGAACUAAACAACAAAAGAACACAUAAAAUAUGGUAGCUAAAAAACUAUUCAUUUAAAAAAAAGUUGGCUCAACAUUUUUAGGAUAGGAUGCUACACUAAAAUACCUUUAUUUAAAUUUUAAGAUAUAUUGUAAAUAGAAUUAAAAAAGAAUUAAGAUAGUUCUCUAUCUCAAAUUGCAAACUUAAACUUCCCAAGAAAUUAAAGCUUAUAUGAAUAAGAAGAUAGUAUAGUUUCUUAAUCUAAAAUUGAUAAAUUUAAUGAAGUUAAUAGCUCAUUUAAGUCUGUGAGAAAUUCUUAAACCAGUAAAAAUUAAUAAACCAAUAAAGAUUUAUCUCAAGAAUAGUAAAAGCAGAUAAAUACAAUUCAAUCGAAAGUUUAUUCGAAGUUUUUAGAAAGAGCUGAUUAGAACUUAAAAUAAAUUAUGAAAUCAGUAGAAAACAAUAGUAUUUCAAAUAAAAGCUAGCUAAAAGAUGCUAUAGGAAAUUUUGAAUGUAGUUAAUAUGAAUAAUCAGCAUGUUUUGCUGAAGCUGAUUAAAAUUAAAAAAAGUCAAAGCUUAUAGAUUUAAGUUUAGUUAAAUAAAAGUCUGAUGGGUAACUUAAAAGUUUAAGUGUUAUUAAAGAUAGUGAUAAAUAUGAAGCCCAUGUUACUAGCUACACUCAUAGAAAUCACCACAAUAUUAGUAUUCCUUUAAUAAAUGAUGAGUUCUCGAUCAAAGCAAAAUAAGAUAAAACAGUUGAUAUUAAAAGUAUAUUUAAUACUUCAAUUAAUCAUCAAUUUGAAGAUUUUAUAGUAGAAGAUAAAAAAUCAGUCGAUUUAGUUGAAUCUGGAAUAAUAUGAAUGAAUUAUUUGUUUUUUUAUCCUGCAAAUGUGAUUGAUUUUAUGAAAUUUAAUAACUAAAAAAUGUUAAAUAAUUUUUAAAUAUUUUAUUAUUUUAAAAAUUAAUAGCUCGUUUUUUUAAAUUUAUAAAAUGUAAAAUUCAUUUUUAAA